GCCAGUUUUGCACUGAAGAUGUUGACGAAUGUCAGCUCCAGCCCAACGCUUGUCAGAAUGGAGGUACCUGCACCAACCACAAUGGAGGCUAUGCCUGUGUCUGUGUCAAUGGUUGGAGCGGGGAUGACUGCAGUAAGAACAUUGACGAUUGCUUCACUGCCUCCUGUGCUAAUGGAUCUACUUGCAUUGAUCGAGUGGCUUCUUUUUCAUGCAUUUGUCCAGAAGGAAAGGCAGGUCUUCUGUGCCACUUGGAUGAUGCAUGUGUUAGCAAUCCAUGCCAGAAGGGUGCUCUGUGUGAUACCAAUCCUGUGAACGGACACUAUAUCUGCACGUGUCCUCAAGGCCAUAAGGGAGCAGACUGCACUGAGGAUGUGGAUGAAUGUGCAAUGGCAAAUAGCAAUCCAUGUGAACAUGCUGGGAAAUGUGUAAACACAGAAGGUUCUUUCCACUGUGAAUGUUUGAAGGGCUACACAGGACCUCGCUGUGAAAUGGACAUCAAUGAAUGUCAUUCGAAUCCAUGCCAAAAUGAUGCCACCUGCCUGGAUAAGAUCGGAGGAUUCACGUGUCUCUGUAUGCCAGGUUUUAAAGGUGUUCACUGUGAAGAAGAUAUUGAUGAGUGUCUGAGUAAUCCCUGUGUGAAUAAUGGAGAGUGUCUUGAUAAAGUCAAUCGCUUCCUCUGUGUCUGUCCUCCUGGAUUCAGUGGUGCUGUGUGUCAGAUUGAUAUAGAUGACUGCUCCAGCACACCAUGUCUCAAUGGAGCCAAAUGUAUCGACCAUCCCAAUGGCUAUGAGUGCCAGUGCGCCACAG